AUGUCGUCCAGCUCGACAACUCCUCCUCCGGCUUCAAGCGCUGCUGCUGCUGCGCCAAGUACCUCAAAUGCAGCCCCCCAGGAAAUCAAGAAUGACCCUGCAAGAACCGGUUUUUCUCCAGAAAUGUCAUGGUGGAUGAACUACUUCAAGCAGCUCUCGGGCCAAAUGACCCCCGAGGGCCAGUUUCACUUUCGAGAGUGGAGAUACCGCGUCCAUGAAGAGCGAGACUGCAAGCGCUGCGAAGACGAUCUCAAAUGGGUUUUCACCUACUCCCCUGUUGUGCGCUUCAUGUCGGAGAAGAUUCAAGCUCUCAAUGGGCGAAUAGAUGCUAGCAAUGUAUACUGCCGUCGUUGUGAAUCGCAUCUUGAACCUAAUGGUCAGGUCCUUCGCCAAUCUGGAGGAUUCAGCCCUGAUCACGGUAUUCUGAUAUGUGCUAACGAAGUUCGAGAUCGCAAACACCUCGAGGACACACUAGCGCAUGAGAUGGUGCACGCAUGGGACACUCUGCGGUGGAAAAAUGUCGACUUUAUGGGUAAAAAGGACUUGAAGCACGCCGCGUGCACCGAGAUCCGAGCUUCAAUGCUCAGUGGCGAGUGCAGGUGGACUCGAGAAGCUUUCACUCGAGGAAACUGGAAGUUGACACAGCAAUUCCAAAACUGCGUCCGCGGGCGAGCCAUUCAGUCCGUCAUGGGUCGAAGUACGUGCAAGGACGACGUACAAGCAGCCAAAGUCGUCAACCAAGUUUGGGAUUCUUGCUUCUCAGACACGCGGCCCUUCGACGAGGUCUAUAGAUGA